AUGCUUAUUUCCAAGCUAAUAUUUAUAUGUGAACUGCUGCGUCUGGCCAUGGCCAAGGCAAUGGUAAUAUUAGAACCAGAAAAGAAUAUCUCCGAUGUGUCCAUAGGCCUUUCCCAAAUCGUUAAGAGCCUCCACCCCAACCAACUGGCCAUUUUGAUGGGACCUAAGGCAACUUUCAACAACUCUUGGGACGAUUAUCAACUACACGACGAGGAAAAUCAAAAUUUACAACUACACAUCGAUGAAUUUCUACAAAACUUACACACGCUAAAUUUCAAAUCGGUGAUUUUCUAUGAUACUGAACUGUUUUUCAAAUUUAUCGAGUCCAGUUUGCAUGGAUCCAUAGAGAGUGUGAAUUUGAUAUUUUGUAAACCCUAUGAUCUGAUGCAAAGAAUACAUGAUCGCAAGCUGGCACAUCGCUUAAGUUUGUUUAUAUUUUAUUGGGGUGCAAAAUAUCCGCCCAAAAGAGCUGAGGUUAACUUUCGGGAACCGGUGAGGGCGGUGGUUAUAACAAGGCCCAGGAAAAGGGCUUUUCGUAUUUAUUACAAUCAAGCUUAUGCAGAUGGUUUGGGUCGUUUAAAACUGGUUAGCUGGUAUGAUGGCGACAAUUUGGGUCUUAGUAAGGAACCUCUAUUGUCCUUAGCUAAAACUGUGUAUUCGAAUUUUCAGGGGCGUGUUUUUAGAGUGCCAGUAUUUCAUUCCCCUCCUUGGUUUUGGGUUAAUUAUGACAAUGAUUCUUAUAACAAUAAUUCUUUGGAAUUUACGAUAUCUGAGGAGAAUCCUUUAACUGAAGACACUAUAGAGUUUAAAGAAGUCAAUGUUACGGGUGGAAGAGAUCAUCGCCUGUUGCAAUUGCUGGCCCAGCAUAUGAAUUUUGAAUUUGUUUAUAUAGAGGCUCAUGGUAGGACUCAGGGCUCCUUAAGAACUGAUAAUGAGGCCAAUGAUACAUUUACAGGAGGCAUAGGAAUGCUGCAGAUAGGGCUGGCUGAUUUCUUUUUGGGUGAUGUGGGCUUAAGUUGGGAGCGUCGCAAGGCUAUAGAGUUUUCUUUUUUCACUUUGGCCGAUUCCGGAGCAUUUGCUACUCAUGCUCCGCGCCGUUUAAAUGAGGCUUUAGCCAUAUUAAGACCUUUCAAGGCUGAUGUCUGGCCUUAUUUGAUCUUAACAAUCAUAGUAUCGGGUCCCGUAUUUUAUUUUGUUAUAUCUACUCCCUAUCGUUGGCAUCCUUCCACCGUGAAAAAAUUGUCCAAGAAAAUAUCCAAACAUGGAGCCUUUCACAUGUGCUACAUUAAGGAAAUCACUCGAAUGGAUACUCAGUUUCAAAGAAGACUGGCUAAAAUGGAACAACAUUUUCGUGCGCCCCAGGGAAUGGAUGAAUUGCCUCCUAAUCUGUUCAAUCGCUGUAUAUGGUUUACCGUACAACUAUUUUUAAAACAAUCUUGUCAAGAGCUAUACAAUGGCUAUAGAGCCAAAUUCCUAAUGACUGUCUACUGGAUAGCAGCCACUUAUGUUUUGGCCGAUGUCUAUUCAGCCCAAUUGACUUCACAAUUUGCUCGACCCGCCCGUGAGCGACCCAUUAAUACUUUGCAUCGUUUACAAAGUGUUAUGAUCCAUGAUGGCUAUUUGUUGUAUGUGGAAAAGGAGAGUUCUUCUUUGGAAAUGUUGGAGAACGGCACUGAAAUUUUCCGCCAGCUAUAUGCUUUAAUGAAGUUACAAAGUCCUGAUGAGGAGGGUUUUCUAAUUGAUUCGGUAGAGGCUGGCAUACAAUUGAUAGCUGAUGGCUUGGAGAAUAAGGCGGUGUUGGGUGGCAGAGAGACUUUAUUUUUUAAUAUACAACAAUAUGGCUCUAAAUCCUUUCAAUUAAGCCACAAACUAUAUACCCGCUACUCAGCUGUGGCUGUACAAAUUGGUUGUCCUUUUCUGGACAGUUUAAACGAUGUACUCAUUCAUUUGUUCGAAGGUGGCAUUUUAGAUAAAAUGACCACAGCUGAAUAUGAAACACAAUCGCGCAUGAUUGGCAAGGACUUGAAUAAGAAAAAUAAGAAAACCUUUAAAGAAGAUCCCACUGAGUUGGCAACAAAAACCGAAGAGCCCAAUACUUCAAAUGAGGCGAGCGGCAAGAGUGCCGAUAAUGCAGAGAUGAAAAAACCACAGGAUACACAAAUCAUACAACCCCUUAAUCUGCGCAUGCUGCAGGGAGCCUUUAUAGUGCUGAUAGUGGGUUAUACGAUGGCAGGUUUAAUGCUUUUACUUGAAUUAUUUUGUCAUGGUAUGAAUUUGAAUAUAAUCAGAGUGUGUAAAACUAAUUUGCAUAAAAAAUUGAAGUUUCUAAAAAGAAAAUUAAGAAAAUCACUUAGAUGGCUGGCAGUGCGCUUUAAAUGAA